AUGACCUCCUACAUCCCGACACUUGGCACGCCGAUCUCAGAACUCGAGACACCCGCACUCGUGUUAGACCUCGAUGCCUUGGAGCACAACUACGAGCACAUAGCUAGCCUAUACGCUGACACUGUCUGCAAGAUGCGUGAACACGCCAAGAAUGUGAAGACCCCAGCGGUACUCCGCAAGCAGAUCGAGGCCGGCGGUACCGUAGGAGGUGUGUGCGCCGCCAAGGUGACCGAGGCUGAGGUCAUGGUGGAAGGCGGCAUCACCGACGUCCUGAUUACGAGCCAGGCUGUAACAGAAGACAAGAUUGCCGGUAUCUGCUCAAUGGCUCAGGCUGCCGACGUAAAAGUGGCCAUCGAUGACCCGCGAAACGUGCAAUGGAUUUCGGAGAUAUCCAAUCGCGCCGGUACGGAUGUUGGUCUAGUAAUCGAGGUCAAUACCUCAAUGAACAGGGCUGGCAUCAGAGGCCCCGACGAAGGAAUCACGUUAGCUCGAAUGGCUACUGAAUUGCCCGGCGUGACGUUCAGAGGUGUCAUGAGCCACCAGUCAAUCGCAGGCGAGCCUGACCGAGAGACCCGGUUUGAAGAGGGCAGACGGUGGAUGCAACAGUGCAUCGACGCCAAACGCGCAAUUGAAGAUGCAGGUUUCCCAGUAGAGAUUGUAUCUACGGGCGAGACCUUUACGAUCGAUGUCGCACCUGAGAUGCCGGAGGUGACUGAAGUCCAAGGCGGCACAUAUGCACUGAUGGGCACCGGAAGUACGUACAUGGAAGACUUCCAGUUCGCUGGCAAGAUACUUACUACCGUGGUGAGCCGUCCGGACUCUCAUACAGCCAUCGGCGAUGUAGGCUAUCGUGCACUGGCUGCACCAGGUGGCGUACUGCCCGACCUUGAGGGCCACACUGAAGUGACCGUUGACUCACUGGCCCCUGACCACAUCGUUCUUACCUCCGAUGGCAUCAUGCCACUGGAAGUGGGAGACCAGUUCAUGCUACUUAGUGCCCAGCAAGAUAUUCUCGUCAAUCGCUGGGACCAGUUCAUUGGCAUCCGCAAUGGUGUUGUAGAGGAUGUGUGGCCCAUACUCGCCAGGGGUUGCCACCACUAG